AUCUCUAUAUUUACAAACAAAACAAGCGCAUAAUUUUUGGUGGGAUAAGAAGAUUGCAAAUUCGUCCCCCCAAAAAAAAACGAUAACGAUAACCACGGGGUUAUCACUGCAAAUAUUUGACAGGAAAUAACAACCCCAAGUUGUGGUCGGUUUUUGGAGCUGAAACAUCAGCCAGGGUCUACGGGAGAAGUGAACGACGGCCGGUCGAAUUUUGGGAUAAAGAUUAAAAUAACGGAAUAUUGUUAGUGAAAAAUUACCAGUUGUUGGAUAAUGGCAAAUCUGAAACGUCGCCCCGAUAAGGAUCUCAAUCAUGAUAAUUGGGAUGACGAAGAUGUUCCCGAAGAAAAGGGUGAAUUUCGCCGUGCGAAUGAAGAAGAUCUGAGAAAUAGAAAGAUUAUUAAGGGACGCCGAAAAAUGGGCAAUGCAGAAUCCGCUGGAUCAUCAGGUUCUUCGGGGAAUAAUAAUCCAUUUAGUUCAUUCGCCUUUGGGAUUACUGGCGGUGCUGUUGGUGGUGGGGGUCGAGGGGGAGGAGGAGUGAGUAGUGCGUCAACAUCCGCAGCAGCUUCCACGAUCACACCCGCCUUCAGUUUCGGUCUACCCGUUAACCCGUUGUCAAACAGUGCAGGUGGUGUCGGCAUUGGAUUAACAACUGGCACUGGGACGAGCGGAGCGACUGGUUCACUAUUUAAGAUUGCGGGCAUUACACCCUCGUCCGAACCACCAACGAGGGCUUCAGCAGAUUCGUCAACUACUGACACAGCCGAGCCGAUCCUUAUUGGAACGCCAGCCACACCAUCCGGCGAAGUUGACGUGGGUCCCGAAUUGAGCGAAAGUGAUGGGAUAGCUGAGGAGAGUUCAAACUCGUCAUCCCUACCUUGGAAUGUAUCUGCGAGACAGAGGGACGAUUCUAACGCAGUGGACUCAAACAACAUGAACAACUCGGCUGAUCAGAAUAAUCCGAGCUGGCUUGAUGCAGAUGACUUGGACGAUAAGGAAGCCUCAGCUGCAUCUUCUGAAGCAAUGAUGAUGCAGAUCCCCUCUGUACGAGGGGAUGAUGCCGUUGCUGCAGCUGCAGAAGGAAAGCACAUUCUCCCUACUACCUCCAGCGCGCCUGCAGAUUCCUCUGAAUCCUCCCCAACUAACAGUAAUCAUCAUCACCAUCCCACCUUCAACUUUGGGGGGACCUCUUUUACCACCACGACUCCGAGUGGAUCUCUUUUCCAACCCUUUCAACACAACAACCCCACUUCGUCCUCCUCAGUUCCAGCAGCAGCAACAACGACACAUCUACAUCAAACCUCGUCAUCCGUCACACCCGAAAGUAGUGGGAUUGUGGUCCGUUCUUCUCUAGAGGACGAUCUCGCCGACUACGAGAAUGACACGACCUCCUCCAGCAACAAAUUACCCAGCGAGGGGAAUAACGAUGUCGAAAAUGAAGUUGGAGGGGACGAGUUUGACGGGGAAGAUAGAGAAGCAGAGGCUGACCUUUCAGGCGACGCUGCAAAUGAGGAGAGAGAAGCAGAAGGGGUCGACUCAUAAUGCGAAAAAAUACUACUAAAUAUGUAACUGACUUAUUAUGAUUAUCCCGUUAAGUAAGGAAUGAACAUGUACAAACUAUUUGAAAAGUAAAUGAUUAUAAAUUCUAUCAUAAUUUAUAAUCAUACAUAAUUUAUAAUUUAUCAAUCAAAAACUGAAAAAUUAAAUCAUCAUCCAUCGCAAUGAAAUUCACAUUGUAUGUAAGUUUAUAAAAUUAGUGAUUCUUGAGAAUUUUCAUUUCUUAGCCUGCGCCUGGCAUUUGCUGGUUUGCUAUUUUAAUUUGUUGGUUUUUGGAAGCAAUUAUUAAUCACGAACUUUCUACUCAAAUUUCAUUGGUGGAUGAAUAUAUACAAGUUCAAAUUUAUAAAUGAUGCAUAGAAAUCAAGAAGGAUGCUACAGACUCAAACUUAUAAAACAAAUCUUUUAAUUUGCAUAAUUAAAAUAAAAUAAUUGCAAUAGGUGUAGGAGAACAAAUAGAUAUGCACUAUUAUUACUUGGGGGGAAGGGAUUAUGUAGAUUGUUUUAUGCGAAUCCACUGUCAACUGUAUGUUAUGUAUACUCCAACUGUGUCGUUAGCGUGUGUAUUUACUUAAUUUACUUGAUUAAUAUUUAGUUAGGAGAAACCUAAUAUGAAUUGUGGUAGAAAUUUAUGACCAUAAUUACGAGCGUAGUGGAUUUUUUGUGUCAAUAUUAUGUAGAAAGGAAUAAUUUGCUGUGGUGUGGUUGAGUAUACUUAAGUAAAAAGCGUACUCUAAUAUUUAAAAAUAAAUGUAUGUAAAAUACAAUAAAAUAAAAUGAAAAGCAAAGGUGCCCUAAAAUUAAA